UCCAAGAAUGCCAGUGUGUAGAAGUCAGAGGACAACUUAUAAAAGUUGGUUCUCUCCUUCCACCACUUGGGUUCUGGUGAUCAAACUCAGAUUGUCAGGCUUGGCCAUCUCACCAUCCUUUCUCCCUUGCUUUCUGAGACAGGCUCUCACUGAACUUUAACUUUUGUCACAUUGUUGUUAAGCCUGAGGAUACUAGUUUUGGACAGAUGGAUGGAUGGAUGAUGGAAUGAUAGAUAGAUAGAUAGAUAGAUAGAUAGAUAGAUAGAUAGACAGAUAGAAUUAAGUUUCCAAAGAUAGGCAGAAGGUAUUCUUCUCAUCAAUUUUAGAAGGAGCUUUUCAAUAUCUGUUUAUGGAAACUCAAAGGAAUGAAUUCUAAUCCAACCAAUGGUGGCAUGAGAUGGGAAGAGCAUCCCUGGUGCCGUUGUUCUGUUUAAUGCAGGGCCUCCUGAAAUACAAGCCAGCAUGCAGGUCUGGAGAGUAACUGCUUUUGAAAUUUAGACACAGUGAUCUUACCAUAGAUGACAGGUAACACUGGAGGUUAGUUUUUGACACACAAUUACAGGUACUGGUCCAGGAAGCAGUUUUGAACUGGAACAAAGGAUCAGACAAACAAAUUUCAUUGUCAGUAGAGGAUAUGAGGAAGCUUUAGAGUAAAUUGGAUAUUUCCAUGUCCACAUGAAGAUAUAUCUGAGAGUUAUAGAAAAGCUUUUCAGCAUGGCUCUGAUAGGCUACAUCAGUAGUAAACUAAUAUCAUUGUACAUUUAUAUGAUUUCUACAACAUGAAAAGUUAGAGAUACUCUAAGCAUAUGUCUUGGGCUAUAUAAUGUAAAAUCAAGAACAUAAGCAAAGCCAAUAUAUGUGUAAAGUUCUGUCUAAGAGUAAUGAAGUAUCUGGGCAUGCAAUUACUGCUAUACUUGCAACACUUUGGAGGUGGAGGCAGGAAGACCCAGAAUUUCAAAGUUACCCUCAGCCACAUAGUUAAUUUAAAACUAACCUAUGCUACAUGAGUCCUUAUCUAAAAAUACAAACAAAAUAAUGAAAACUUAAGGGUCUGGAUCCUAGCUCAGGGGUAAAGUAGCUGUAGCAUGAGUAAGACCAUAGAAUCAAUUCCCAACAACAUAGGACAAAAAGAAGGACAAAAGUCAAAACACAUGAAAUGGGUAAAGGACACUAAUAUGCAUCUCUCCACAGCUGAUGAAAUCCUCGGCUCUGAUCCCCUCCUUCACCCUUGGUUCUUUUCUAAGAGUACCCUGGAUUUGUUUUUUUCUACCUUGCUUUCCCUACCACAUCUAAGAAUCUGUAUACUCUAUAUAAAGUUGACCUGAUUGCCUUUCUCCAAACCUUUUCCAAACCUUUCUCCAAACCUGGUUGCCUUUCUUCCUUGCAGAGGAGCAAGGUGAUUUGGGCCAUUUCCUGAAACAGUCUAUUCUUCAGUUUUUUAAUCUCUAAAAAAAUGAGAGUAGGUAUAGUUGCCACAGUUGGUAUGUCCAUAGCAUAGCUGCCUGACACUUGGGUGCUGUAAGCAUGCGUGUCUGCACACCAUACAGGCUGGGGGAUACUCUACUCAUUGUUGACAUCAGCAACAUCAUUAGUGUCAGGCUCAGACUUCUCUGUAGUCACUCCAUGGGAUUCCAUUCUGUUACUGUGCCUGUUCCUUCUUUGCUUUCUCUUCCUAGAAGGGGAAUCUGAGCUUGACACUCCAUCACAGAGUUUCUGAGAAAGUUUCAGUUCAAACUAAUAGAGCAAGUGAAGUCACAAGAGAUGGUUCAUGGUGUUCUGUUUUACAAGAGCUGUGGUAGAAUGUUGACUCUACAAAGAGAGAUCAGCAAAAUCAGAUCCCACCUUUGAGUCCUGAUACCCUCCUCAAAAAGAAAAUACUGAGCACAGACAGCCUCUGUGAAUGUAGAGAGUCUGGAGAAACCAUUGCUUUGGUGAACAAGGACUUUCAAAAUGUUCAUUUUCAAAAGGUUUUAACCCUAACCUCAAAGCAAAUGGUCAGAAUCAAAGCAGAAUCACAAAACAGCUGAAUGACACGGUUGGUUGCAUCUAUUCCACUCUUCACACAAGGCUCUUGUAAUGCUAAAUGUAGGAUUUCUCAUAGAGAGAAAUCAUACAAAGCUAAUCAGUUUAAAGCAGUUAAUCGUGAGUGACCACUUGAGCAACUCGGAAGUCAGUCUCUGGGGAAACCACCUGAGUGCACUGAAGGUGGAGGAAAGGUCUUCAGUGGCAGGUCAUAUUUCCAUAAACACUGGACAGCACACACUAGGGAGAGACCUUCUGUCACAAAUGUGACAUCCUAUCAAGGAACUCACAUAGGAGAGAAAAGCCUCAAAAUGUCCUGACUGGGAGAUGUUAUACUCGUAUAUCCCACCUGCAGUUGUGUAUUCAAGUCACACUGGGGAGAAGCCUCAUGCGUGUCCAGACUGUGGGAGACUUUUCUGUCACAAAUCCCACCUGCAGGUCCAUCAUCGAAUUCACACUGGAGAGAAACCUAUGAAUGUCAUGACUGUGGGAAGUCAUUUGAAGAUACACAGUCAAAUUCACACUGGUGAGAGGCCUUAUGUGUGUUCUGGAUGUGGGAAUGCCUUCUACCAAAAGUCAAUCCUCAGCACUCACCAGAGAGUUCACACAGGGCAGAAACCCUACAAUUGUAGGGACUGUGGGAAAGCUUCCUCUGCUAAGGCCCAACUCCAAGUCCAUGAAGGAAUUCACACAGGAGAGAAACCUAUGUACACAGAAUGUGGGAAGGCUUUUAGUGCCAGGCCAGGUUUCCAUACACAUAAGGUGACUCACACUAGGGACAGGCCUUUAGUAUGUCCCAAAUGUGGAAAGUCCUUUCUCCAGAAAUCAGAGUUGACAUCCCAUCUUCAAACUCACAUUGGGGAGGAGCCUUAUGGCUGUCAGGACUGUGGAAAGCCAUUCAGUAAAACAUCCCACCUGAAUGUCCAUCACCACAUUCACACGGCAGAGACCUUACGAGAGUUUCGAGUGUGGGAAGACCUUCUGCUGGAAAGUCUGUCAGUCUGUACCAGAAAAUCCAUACUGCAGAAAAACACCACAUAUGUAGUGAGUGUGGGAAAGCCUUUAAUCAGAAGUCAGUACUCAGAACGCAUCAGAGAAUUCACACUGGUGAGAAGACUUACAAAUGCAGUGACUGGGAAGGCCUUGACUUCUAAGAGCCAACUCCAAGAUCACCAGUGAGUUCACACAGGCAAGAAGUUGUAUGUGUGUUCUGAAUGUGGGAAGGCCUUCAGUAGCAGGUCAUCUCUGCAGAGACAUCACUUGACACACUACGGAGAGGCCGUUUGUCACAAAUGAGGACAGCCUUUCCUCUAGAAGUCACUAUUGUCACCAUCAGCAGCCACACUGGAGUGCCUUAGGAAUGCCAUUAGUGUGGGGAACUGUCCCACAAUGCACAGGUCUGAGGAAACCUGUUGCCAUCACAGCACUGUGGCUAGCUAUUUAGCGGUGCAUCCCAGCUAAAGGUGCAUGAUCAAAUCGGUUACACGUAGACGCUGCAUUUUCAUUCCAACGGCAGAUCAAAUUGCAAUAGACCCAAGCAGCUCAUAGCAGGGACAAUUCUUGCGCCAGUUCCCUGAACCCAAAAUGAUUCUAGGUGUUGUAGUAAGCUCUCCCUCAGACUUCAGGACAUUUGGGCUGAUCCUCUUCACUGACAUCCACAGAGUUGACCUGGCUGAGGUUGGAGUAGAUACCCCCAUUUGGAUUUCCUGAGCAAGAGACGUGGACCAACAAGGGCAGCUCUUCUCUCACCUUUGAGCUGUCUUGUGUUAAGAGGUGCAAAAAAAUGAGAUGGAGUCUGGAUGGGUAAUAGGAAUGCCCCCACAACCGACACACUUGUAUCCCCAGAAAUGACUACAGGAGGCCCUGUGAUGUUCUAUCCUUAGGACACAAGGUCCUUGCCAGUGCAGCCCUUUCACUUUUAUACCUAGCACCACAUGGCCCAGUCUAGUUCUUUGCAUGCAGCCUUUUCUGUUGCAGAUGCCACAGAGGAGAGACCAGUCCAAAGCUCUUCAGUGCCAUGCCACAUUUGUGAAGGCAGUAACUGCCUUGCGCAGAUGUCUAGCCAUGUCUACUCUAGCCCCUUCAAGCCCACCAGUAUUACCAGACAUGAGCAGUUCUGCUCCAGGGAACAAGUCAACAUUUACAAGUCUCUGUUGUGGUCUGUAGAGUGGGGCUAGUGUUUAGAUUGGCCUUGACUUGUCCUAUAACAACAUGUAUAGACGAGGGUGUGUCAUGCUCAGCCUUUGGUGCUAAGACUAGACCAUGUUCUCACAGCUGUAGUUCCCACACUAUUUGUAUGUUUUCUGCACUUUCUUCCCCCACCACUGAGUCCUAGGAAACCUUAGUGGUUUCCAUAUUAGUGGUCUCCUGCAUAACCUACCCUUGAUGUGCCUGUCUGUACAACCUCACUGGUUUGAUCAGAGCAGGCCUCAACUCCUCUGUUGGGCCUCUUAGGACUAGGGAUCCAGCACUGGGUACCUGAGCAUCACGUCCUCCGUGUUGCAAGGACUGUAUAUAUGCUUAUCCAAGGGAGAAAAGACAGGAUGUGAGAAGCAGGACUUUGACACCUGACCCUGCUUCCCCUGACAGCCACUAGAACCAUCUCUGCUAUGGGCAAGCCAGGCUUGUCAGUCAGCUACAGGUACUCAGCCUGUCCUAGCAUUUUCCUCAGACAGGCACCCCAGGUCCCCAACAUUGGCCCUGCAACCAAAGGGACACAUUUAUCUGGGUUAUUUUCUCCAUGGUUAUACUAACUCCAAGGAACAUCUCUUGAAAGGUGAGAUUGGUUGCAAUCUUAGUCGUGAGAACAGCUGACAUCCUGCAGAUAGAAGACAUCCCCUGCUCUCAGACUGAGGGCACAGAGCAUAGUGAGUGACUGGCACAGCCAGAAUCCAGGGUUUCUGGGAUGUGAUGAGGGCUAGUGAAGGGGAGACAUGCAGGGUCAAGAAUGCAACCAGGUGCAGUAAGCCCCUGCUGUCCUGCCCUUAGCCAGUCCCAGGACAACCUUGUAGUGCAGGUCAAUGAUGACUUACCUGCUACAAGCAUGGGUGUCUGCUAUAGUAGUUCCAUUUCAAGCUUUUUUUCCCCUGCCUGAAAGAUGAUUAUCUCCUGUGAAACUGAUAUCCAUGGAGUGAAGGUGGAAUUUGCCCUGGGUCAGUGUAAUUGUGGCCACUGAAGUCUUAUCCUAUCAAUCCUUGUAUGAAUCAGUUGCCAGAGAUAGAUACAGUACGAAAUAGAAACAUGGGAUAGAAUUAUCAGUGGGGCUCAAGGUACUGAAUGGCUGCUGUUUCUCAUAUUUUGAUGGGGAAUCAUAGAUUCCAUGUCAGAAGCCAUGUCCUGGGGAGAUUGACUCAGUCUAAAUCCCUGUUCCCAAGCUCACCUGCCUGGAACAGGCUCAUCAACAUCAUGGUGGGGGCGUCUGGGUCCUGGGCAAAGGGAGGGCACACUGUGGGGCUGGAGAUGCUGUGAGAGAGCCAGAGUCCUUGUUUACAGAAGGUAAAUCUCAGACCCACAGGUGGCAAAACAAUCUGCAGAGAGCAGAAAGGCACCUUGGAGCCAGAGGCCAGAGAGAAGUUAGAGGAGUAGAGAAUACGCUCUGCUCCUACCUCACACUUCUCUGGACAAUGGGGUCUGAAUCAGACAUUUUUCCUGAUUCACAAGCUGUUGACAGUUUUUAAAAGAUGUUCAGACUGUCUUGAGAGUCCUUUCAGGAAUCUCUGAGGGUUUACUCAGGGUUGGGAGACGGGACAAUGCAUAAGGACAUUUUAUUUGUUACACCUUGUGGAAGAUGUAGUUGAGCUCCUUCCAUUUAUUGGUCAGAGCUCACACUGUACAACAUUCUACAACACAGAGCCUCAUCACUCAGGAGUCAUCAAACCACAACUUGCAUCAACCAUCAUAAGCUUGAGAGGUGCUGCGGUGGACCCUAAAGGCUGUCACACCUGCAAGGGUGAAGGCUGUGCACC